GCCGUUGGCGCAGGCGCAGGCGGUGAGGCGGCUGCGGUGAGGGCUGCGGCGGCGGCGUGCGGGGACAAUGGCAGCAGAACAGAUUUCAGCAGCUUCCCUCAUUGACCGGACCAUGAAGAUAAGGAAGGAGGCUGAGGAGCGGAAAGUGGUCUGGGCCUGGGGACUCCUUAAUAUAUCUGUUGCAGGGAUGAUAUAUACUGACAUGACUGGAAAACUUACAAGCUCGUAUUACAACAUCACAUACUGGCCACUCUGGUAUAUCGAGCUUGCAUUUGCAUCCCUGUUCAGCCUGAAUGCCUUAUUUGAUUUUUGGAUGUACUUCAAAUACACAAUGGCACCAACUACCUUGGUCAUGACUCGUAGGCAGCAGAUCCUUCUAGGGAUGCAGAAUGCAGCGGUACAGAUAAUUCCACCGCAUGAGCUGGCAGCAAAGAAGGUCCCUUCUUCUACGCCUUCUCCUACGAUCCAGGGUCAAAGUGUGCUGAGUUACAGCCCAACCCGCUCCCCCAGGGCCAGUCCAAAGUUUGCAUCUGGUUGUAUCGCGGGGUACAGCCCUCAGCUGCAGGCUCCGUCAAGCAACAGUGCUUCUUACAGCAGUGCUUUAACCUAUUCACCAAGCAGCAGCUACAGUAAGCUUUCCAGCUUCAGCCCUUCUACUGGUUCACCAUAUCCCACAAGCGUUGGACCAGUGGAAAGCAGCAGGCUAAGGGCUCGUUACCGCUCUUCACUAAUUCUGUGUAAUUCCCGUAUUGGUCAAGACGAUGAAAUCACAGACCUGAAGUCACUGCAAAAGUACCUUCGAAGUGAAGAAGAGAAACAGCGUAGACUUCAAUUGGGAAGUUCAGAUUCCAGCUUUUGGAACUACAGCCGUUGCUUAGUAGAGCAAGCACAGGUGCUGAGAAACUUCCAGUAUCAGCUGGCUUGCAGGUCCCAAGUUCCAUCAGCGAACAAGGAUGAAGCCUAUCUGAGCUCUCCGCAGGCUGCAGAAGAAGUUUGGGCAAGGGUGAUUGUGAAUCGACGACAGCUUGAUCACAUGGAUUCCUGGACCGCUAGGUUCAGAAGUUGGAUUAAUGAGACUAUUUUAGUGCCACUUGUACAAGAGAUUGAGUCUGUGAGCACUCAGCUGAGAAGAAUGGGGUACCCAGAAAUGCAGAUUGGAGGGAGACUGUUCAAAGUUCUGUCGUGGGCGCAGAUGGCGUGCUGGCUCUUCUUGCAUGCCAGCAUCAGCACUCUGAAAGAGGCAGCGAUGGUUAAAGCUCCGCUCAUUCCAAAUCUGAACGGUAUAGAGCAGUAUUUGGAUAUUACACCGAACCAAGAGUAUUUGGUUGAAAGGAUCAAAGAGCUCUCUCAGGGAGGAUGCAUGAGCUCAUUCCGGUGGAACAGAGGAGGAGAUUUCAAAGGCCGUAAAUGGGGCACUGACUUGCCCACUGACUGUGCUAUCCUUAUGCACAUAUUCUGCACUUACCUCGACUCCAGACUGCCACCUAGCCCCAAAUAUCCUGAUGGCAGAACCUUCACUUCGCAACACUUCAUUCAAACACCAGAUAAACCAGACAUUACAAAUGAAAAUGUAUUUUGCAUCUACCAAAGCAACAUCAAUCCACCCCACUAUGAGCUGAUCUACCACCGCCAUGUCUACAAUCUGCCUGAGGGCAGAAACAACAUGUUCCAUACAUUGCUUAUGUUUCUGUACAUCAUAAAGACAAAAGAAUCUGGGAUGCUUGGGCGGGUAAAUCUUGGUGUAUCAGGAGUCAAUGUUCUAUGGAUUUUUGGAGAAUAACUUCUCUAGCAAGACUCCAGCUCAGAAGAAGAAUGAUCCUGCUUCUCUGACGAGAUGAACUGAGCAGCGUCAUUACACUUGUUGUCUUAAACAUGGACUAUGAAAAGGGAUAAUUUAAACUCUGCUUUAUGGACAGAGGGGAAAUGUUUGUAAUUCCCAUAGUUUUUGGGAGGAUACUCUUUAAAAUAUUUCACUGUUGAAAUGCAUCUAAAUAGGAACUCCAGGCAGGUCUUCUCUUUCUGGCUCCUCACCUUAACGAAUCCUAUUUAAAAAAAAAAAAACAAAAACAAACAAACAAAAAAAAGACCCUUGCUAUUUCUGUUGCAUUUACCCUUCAAUGCCAUUGCCGCUCUAAAGAGCUUAACGGACCGCAGGCAGCUCCCACGGGCGUACGCAGCCGCUCGCUCACAGUCCCUGGAAAAGGCAGUUACUGCCAGGUUCACAAGAUCCAAGAUAUUCCAGGUGGGCAUAACAGAUGCCAAGUUAGUAAGUUUACACUGUUUUUCGGUUAAUUUAAUUAUAUGCGAUCAGAAAGAGCAUUAUCUUUCAUCCCUGCCCGUUGGAAUAAUUGGAUUUUAUGACCUCAUUAGAUGUUUCAGGUGUCUCCACUGCAAAUAUAAGGGAAAGAGAAAACUGACUUGCUAGUUUCAGUAUAUGUUUAUAAGAUAGGUUUAAAAAAAAAAAUUCAAAUGUGACUGUCUUAGGAGUUAUAAGAUGUUGUGGGUGAAUUGAGUACUACAGUGUUACCCUGCUUUUGCUUUUUAACUUAUUAAAAUUUAUUUAUUUUAUUUCUCACAUCAGCUUUUCUGCUAGCAACUUGUUUUCAGGGCCUUGCAGACUGGCAUGUGGCUUCAGCAUCCCUGCAGGAAACCAGGGUGGAUAUACCUACGUCCCAGGGAUUUACAGGAACAUCCCUAAUUUCCUGUUGCCUCACCAAAGCGUGACCAGAAAUGGCUUUUUUUUUUUUUCCUGAGGGCAAGUGGAUGCCACGUGGCCAGAGCCCAGCUUCUGAGCCUCCGGCUUCUUAGGCUCUGCCCCCUGCAGUGGCAGGGAUUAUUCCUUAGGAAGAGUCAAAUCCUGGGACCACGGGCCAGCCUGCGGUUCACGUCGCAGUGCCGGUCUCUUUAUUAAAAGCUCGGGCAGCAGCGGGGUGUCCCUGUUCUCAUAUAACCCCAUGCGGGUGGUUAACCCCGCCCCUGUGAGUGGGUGCUCCGCUUGUGGGGAGUCCCCUUUUGGGAAAAACACUUGCACUUGUUUCAAAGAAUAGGCCCUUGAAUAUUGCUGAGAAGCUUUGGUGUUUUUUUGGGGGGGGGGGGGAAUCCAUUGCAAAUUCAGGCAAUCCAGAAGGUUUUAGAAGUGUAUGUGGUUAAAUUUUUUUUUUUUUUUUAAACAGAGGGGUGAAACUGCGUAAAUCCGGAGAUGCCAAGGACUUGUGAGCUGCAGGUGAGGGUGCUGGCUCAGUUUCCUUCAGGGAUUCUCGGGGAGCAAAAAGGUGAACCUCUUAGUGUCACUGCAAACUGCCAAAAAAAUCCAGAACUUGAAAAUCUUACUGGUUCCUUGCUGGUGGAGAAUGCACCGUGUGCAGUAGUUUUGUUACGACGAUAUAUUUUUGUACUGUGUUUUUGUACCGGAUUUUGGUUUGCCUGCCUAAGGCAUUUCACUGUGCUCAAACCAGGUGCUGUCAUUUUUGUAAUCUCUGGCGGGUCGCUAUGUUUUGGCAUGAGCCAAAUGUGUAUAUAUGUAUAGAGGAAAUGAAUGUUACUGGAGAUCCCAUCUCCGUGGGGAGGUGACUGUUAACAAGAGCUUAUUUUGUCCCUUUAUUAAAUUGGUUUGUUUUACCAAGCA